GUCAACAAAAACUACAAAAAACAAUGGGUUCAUCUCGCAGUUAAUAAUUUAAUUUUAAGGUUUCUAUUCUAUCUUUUAGACGCCUUCGCCUUGCUGAGCUGACGUCUGACAGUGCAAGGUGAAUCAACGGAAGCACUGUUAAGGUACAAUACGAUACGACAGCAUUUCCGUGCAGUGGCGUCUGGAUAUCGAAGCGUAUUUGGAGAUUAGUUGGGAGCCUAUAAGUAAACAUAAUGGCAUGGACGAGAUAUCAAAAGUUUCUAGCUAUCAUGAUGGUGGUGACAGGAUCAAUAAACACACUCAGCACCAAAUGGGCAGACAAAAUGGACUCUAAGAACUCAGCUGGUGAGGUGACAUUGUUUGUGCAUCCCUUCCUUCAGGCUUCAGCUAUGUUCCUCGGAGAAAUGCUGUGUCUGCUGACGUUCAAAAUAAUGUUUUGGAUGAACCGCAACAGAGACAACCCACAAAACACUUUGAUCCAAGGCAACCAGAACUUCAACCCUUUUAUACUGAUGCCGGCUGCCAUGUUUGAUUUGGUGGCCACAUCGAUAAUGUACAUAGGUCUCAACCUGACCUACGCAAGCAGCUUCCAAAUGUUCCGCGGAUCAGUGAUAGUGUUUGUUGCACUGAUGUCAUCAAUUUUCCUCGGCAGGGUCAUCUCCAACCACCAAGCCAUAGGAAUCGGCUUGGUGAUAAUGGGUCUCGCAUUGGUAGGCCUGACGGAUGCGCUGUACCAGUCGGACGAGGCGAAGGGGAGAAACAGCCUCAUCACGGGCGACUUGCUUAUCGUCCUCGCUCAGGUCAUCACUGCCUGCCAGAUGGUCUAUGAAGAAAAAUACGUUUCAGGGCUAAACAUCCCCGCACUGCAGGCGGUUGGGUGGGAAGGAGUGUUCGGGUUCUCGGUGUUAUCCCUGCUGCUGGUGGUGUUCUACUGGGUGCCGGCGCCACCCCACUUUGAUAGCAACCCGCGCGGCACUGUGGAGGACGUGAUCGACGGCCUCGUGCAGAUAUUCAAUAACUCCAAACUCCUGGUGGCGAUACUGGGUACCGUGAUAUCUAUCGCGUUCUUCAACUUUGCCGGCAUCAGCGUCACUAAAGAGAUGUCUGCCACCACACGGAUGGUGCUCGAUUCUGUCAGGACCAUAGUGAUCUGGUCGGUGUCAAUCGCGGUGGCGUGGCAGGUGUUCCACUGGCAACACCUCGUCGGUUUCGCGGUGCUCAUCACCGGACUGUGCGCCUACAACGGGCUGCUGGCGCGACCGUGUGUGCGAAGCACUCCAUCCGACGACGAGACCCGCAUCGUGGUCGCGGAUGCCGACGAGGAGUAGGCGCCCACGACUACGACGAGUGCAGUGUUGGUAUGGUGAACAUGGACGCGCCUCUUAACUAUGGACGAUAUGGAACUUAUAUUAUUAAUGUCCGUCAAUAGUACGUCGUAUACGCCACGUAGACGCAUGGAUACUCCUGUUACGGCCUUAACACACUAGUGGUUUGCCAGCGGAUGCAAAGCGAAGCGGACGCGCAGCGGAUGUGUUGCGGCUGCGCAGCAAAAACGUUGCGAGAGCGCGGCGGAUUCGCGACGUUUCCAUCGCGUUUUUGUAGCGGAUUAACGACGUACAGUACAUUCAGUAACUUUCAAAAUUCAGAAAAAUUCGAAAUGGAUUCUGACGAGAAAACAUUACUGUUUUAUUUAUUUAAAAAAAACAGAUAUCUGGCUAAAAACAAUUGUUUAUAUUAUAUGUAUUUUUCUUUCCAAACCAACAAAUCAUCGCAGGUUAAUUUUUCGUCGAUUAUAUUUUUAGUUUGAAAGAUCGUAAAUUUUGUCUACUAUUACUAUUAUUCGAUCGUACAUCGUACAAGAGCCAAAAACAAAUACAAAUACAAUUUAAAUCGCACGUUUGGCAACACUGGGACGGACUGGCUUGUGUACGAGACAGUACAAUAUUGUGCUUCCGCAACGAAUCCGCUGCGGAUGCGGAACGUAUCGGUUGCGAGCCCGCUCCGCUUUGAAUACGCUCGCAAUCCGCUGGUGUGAUAGCUCUGUAAGAGCGAUGCCCCAUUAGUGCGUUAUUUGCGAUUGCGACUUAGCUGCUUCGUUUUCCAUGAAUUUUAAAUAGACUUUUAGAGAAUUUUAAAUAGAAUUUUAAUUAGACGGCCGCGUGGCGCAGUGGGUAGUGACCCUGUUUUCUGCAUCCACGGCCGUGGGUUCGAUUCCCACAACUGGAAAAUAUUCGUGUGAUGAGCGUGGGUGUUUUCCAGUGUCUGUGUGUAUUUAUACAUUAUAUAAGUAUUUAUAUGUAGUAUAUAAUUGUAUAUUAAUAUUAUAGUAUCAACUACCUUAGCACCCAUAACACAAGCUACUCUGUAUGCUUACUUUGGGGCUAGAUAGUGAUGUGUAUUGUUUAAGUAUAUUUAUUUAUUUAUAAAUGUAUUUUUUUCCUUUAAAAUCUGCUCAGAGACCUAAGCGAAGUGGCACGUCGAUUCUCUUUGUACUAUGAGAGUCCAUCAGAACGCACAUCGUGUACGCAGCCGCGUAUGCGCAUGGAUGCCGACACGGACGCGCCUUUGUACAAAUAGUGUCCGUCAAAAUGUCAAACAUGGACGCAAUCAUCGACGCCUCUCCUUUAUACAACGAAACCGUGACUUGGAAUGACUUCACUUCACCAUAGUAUAAUCCACGUCUAACUUGUAACACGCUGAAGUUUACUAUACUAAAAAUUGUUUUUUAUAUUUUUUUGAGACGUGAUUACAUGAAAAUAUUAGUUUUUAAAUAUGUUUUUGACAAUACGAGCCAAAACGCUUGUCGGCCAUGACAGUCCAUAUUUCAACUGUUUCAUGACGUCACUAUAAUAAAUCCCAUACAAACGGAGCGUUUGACAAAAAUAUUAGUUAACAAUUAGUUCGACGUUUAUUUCAUCAAGGGUGUUUUUGACGUUUGGAAAAUUUGAAAAAAUACGUGAUAUUUAAAUUAAGUUUUAAAAGAAAUCCUUAACUUUUAUGGAUUGAUAUCGAUGUAUUUUGGACCCUUAUUCCAUGUACUACACGAAAAAAAAUAAAGAAUAAAAAAAUAGCCCUCUGCUCUGCUUCCGAUUCCGGAGGGUGUGGGUUCGAAUCCGGUCCGGGGCAUGCACCUCCAACUUUUCAGUUGUGUGCAUUUUAAGAAUUUAAAUAUCACGUGUCUCAAACGGUGAAGGAAAACAUCGUGAGGAAACCUACAUACCAGAGAAUUAUCUUAAUUCUCUGCGUGUGUGAAGUCUGCCAAUCCGCAUUGGGCCAGCGUGGUGGACUAUUGGCCUUACCCCUCUUAUUCUGAAAGGAGACUCGAGCUCAGCAGUGAGCCGAAUAUGGGUUGAUAAUGUUGUAACAUUAAACAAGUGUUAACUAUAUAAUGUUUUUGCUUUGUAUUAAAUUGUUAUUGAUAUAAGUUUGGCCAUAUGUGUGUAUUUUAUUAGAUAUACUCGUAUAUAGCUUAUCUCGAUAUACGUUAGAAUAUUUUUUGAAUGUAUAACAAAUGUAAUGACUGUGUUUCUGGAGGGCUAGCGUAAAGAGAAAAAAACAAGGUUGACCAAUAGAGGCAGAACAUAUUCAACGACAAAUCUUAAAUUACAACAAUAUUUAUAUUUAUAUGUACUCUACAAUAAUAUAAUACAAUAAACGACUUAAUUAUUAUUACAGAGAUAUAAUAUUAAAUUCUAGAAAAAAACACGUAAAUUUUUUUCUUAAUGUGGCGCGUUCAAUUUCACUUUACCAUUUGUUUUUUUUAAUAUUUUUAUUUCUCACUAGUUAUAAGAUGAAUUAUUAAUGUGAUAAAAAUGAAUUUAUAUUUUUAAUUAAACAUGUUAAUAUGUAUCUAAAAACUUGCCUAUUAGUUAAGCAUAUUAUAUAGAAUUAAGUAUAAUUGCUUAGCUUAUAAUAACUAUGAUUAAAAUCAUGUAUCCUUAUAAUAAAAAUUAAACAAUGA